CAGCGUUGUUGCAGAGUCACUGCGAUUCGACUGUAAACAAGCUGAAGGAGGAAAAGUGACUAAAAUAAGCCUUUAAAAGCUGCUCUGAUCGUUUCUGCUGGGAGAUAUUAUUCAUCCUGAAGCCUGAGAGGAGCAGUAACAGCAGUCUGAGUCUGUUUAUCAUUAUUAUUAUUAUUAUUAUUUAAUUAAAGGAGCAGGUCGUGUUUGCAGCCUUAGCUUAGCCUCAGGGGCCUUUAGGAGAGAAACGCCUUUUUAUUCCUCUGAUAGAUAUUUCUACUCAACAACCAGGACACCUUUCACCCUGGGUGGCUGGUCAGAGCGGCCUCCUCCCACCAUGGAGGCAGGAGGGAAGGACUGCGAGGAGGAAACGCUGCAGACUGCGUUCAAGAAGCUGAGGGUCGACGCCGAGAGCAUGCCCGGAGCAGCGAGCGUUUCCGAGGCGUUGGCUCCCCGAGCGUCUCGAGCUUCUCUCGAUACCGGCGGAGCGAAGCCCAAACUCAGCUGCCCCAAAGACAACUGGCACGGCUGCAUGAGGAAAACAUCUCGAGGAGCAUCCAGAACGCAGCGGCGUCGGAGGUCCAAGUCGCCGAUCCUCCACCCGCCGAAGUUCACCUACUGCAGCGCCUCUGCAGCCUCGGCGCUGUCGCCCCCUAGUGUCUGCCUGAAGCACCAGCGGCUGGCCGUGCCCGAGCCGGCGGAGCCUCGCCCCGCAGCCGACGGUAGAACCACCUCCUCCGUCGCUUCCUCCGAGCUCUCUGCUUCGGGCGCCGCCGGCCACAUUUCCCCCGUCGUGUUUGGAGCCGACGCUGCCGUCUCCUCGCCGUCGUUACAAGAGAUCCCCGUCGCCGUCGCCGCCGCCGUGAUGUCACCCAGGCAGGACGGAGGAGGCUGCAGAGAUGUGCGGUCGAGUGAGGAGAACGGCGCAGAGAAAAGCGACGGAGGGGAACUCGGAGCGGGAGCCGAAGCCGCCGACUUCCGAGCUUUGUCCGAGCUGCACAGUAGCGGCUCGGCAGAGGGCGCCCACGUCCCCUGCUCCUCCUGUGCUCAGAGAAGUUGCUCCGAUUCCCCGAAAGGCCCGGAAGAGAGCGCGCAGGGGACCGAGUCUCCGUGCCAGUGCCGGCCUCAUCACCUGGGCUGGAACGGCGUGGAGGUGUACUCCUUCACGGGGCUCCGCAACGUCAUCUCAGAGUGUGAGAGGAGCCUGCCGAGCCACGACGCCUCCAGAACUCUCAGCGCCAGCAGCAGCAGCAACGCCGCCGCCGCCGCUUCGUCGCCUUCACCUUCGUCUUCAUCGUCGCUGUCGUCAGGCUCUCCUCGCUCGUGUUCGGAGCAGGCGCGAGCUUACGUCGACGACAUCACAAUAGAGGACCUUUCUGGCUACAUGGAGUAUUAUCUAUACAUCCCCAAGAAGAUGUCACACAUGGCUGAGAUGAUGUACACUUAAAUAAAUAUUAUUAUUAUUAUUAUUAUUAUUAUUAUUAUAUCAAAUAAGGAAAUAAGAUGAUAAAGAGGUUGAUUUUUUUCCUCAGAGGAAUGUCAGUAGUGGGUAGACGAAUGAAUCAGGCAUGAAAGUUGUAAUUUAAAUAUACAACGUUAACUGAUUUUGAACCCAGGUUGAGAUGUUUUCAUUUCCCUGCCCUCUGUUUAAACCUUCCCCUCAUUUCACUGAAACCGACAGAAACACAAGACCGGCAACUAUUUCUCAUUAGUUCAGCCCCCCCCCCCCCCCCCCCCCCCCCUCCCAAACACCUCCUCCUUCCUAUUUGUGGUACAUGGAUCAUUUGUUUUCUUGAUUUUUUUUUGUGUUUGUUUUCAGUUUACAAAUGAAGUUGCCAAAGCUCUUGGUGCAGUCUUGCAAAAGGAGAUAAUUAGCAGGAAUAUGCAAAACUUGUAAUGCCAAGUGUGAUUAUCUUUGUGGUGUUGUGGCCUUCAGAGUCACCUGUCUGGAUUUCAUUCACUCAA